AUGAAUGUUCUAGGUGUUUGCACUCCCAACUUGGAAUUCAUAUACUGUCUUGCUAGUUGGGAGGGUAGUGCUCAUGACAGUAGGGUGCUUCGGGAUGCUCUCACUAGACCAAAUGGCCGUGUUGUGCCUGAAGGAAAUUACUAUCUGUGUUAUUCCGGCAUGAAACCGUGCGCACAAUGGACCCAGUUUCGCAAUGAAAAGGCCACUACUAUGUGGGCAAAUAGAUAG